UCUUGGUGGUGUUUUUGUGCAGCAUCCUCCCCCUCCGACUGCGGAAUGACCGACACACGGAAACAGGCGCGACCAUUUUGAAACGCACAGCUGCUUCGCGCCAUGGACAAGAGCAAUACUGUGAAGCUCUUCGUGGGCAACCUGGCAUUGGACACCACCCAGGAAGAGCUGUCGGCCAUCUUCGAACCCUACGGUCAGGUGGUCAGCUGUAGUGUGCUGCGACAGUUUGCCUUUGUCCACCUGCAAGGUGAGGGUGCCGCAGAGCGUGCCAUCAGGGACCUCAAUGGGCGGGAGUUUCGGGGGCGGAAUUUGGUGGUGGAGGAGUCACGAGGCAGGCCGUUACACUCCACCAAGGUAUUUGUGGGUAAUCUGAGCGGGAUGUGCACAACAGAAGAUCUGCAGCAGCUGUUCCAGACCUAUGGGAAAGUUCUUGAGUGUGACAAAGUCAAAGCCAGGCAUUCAUCUUCCACAGGUUAUGCCUUUGUCCAUAUGGAAAACAAGGAAGAUGCACUCCAGGCUAUUGAGGCCCUGCACGGCACCUCCUUUAAGGGUCGUCCCCUAUCUGUAGAGCUGUCCAAGGUCCAGCCCAGCAAACAGGCACCGACAGGGAAAAUCCCCUGUGUUAACUGUGGAAAGCAGGGCCACUACGCCGGUGAAUGCCCUGUGGGGAAGCCUUCUCUUGAACAGUACCAGAGCCAGGCAGCGGUCUUGGCCGCAGCUGCAGCUGCAGCCGCUGGCCUGCCACUGCAGGUCCAACAAAGUGUGCACAAUUCAGUCUACACCACGUCCACAUUUGAUCCUACAUAUGCGGCUCUCACGGCGAUCACCACUGGCACCCGCGCCGAUGGAAACCCAGUGAACCCAGCUGUUUAUGGCGCCCUUGCCAGCCAAGUGUAUGGUGCUAAUGUUGCCAAUCAACUUUAUGGAACAGUGGCCAAUCAGGCAGCUCUUACUUCGGGCGCCACACAGGUGUACAGCUCAAUGACCCCUAACAUCUAUGGCCAAGUGGCUGCGACUCCAGCUGCAGCAGCAGCAGCCGCUGCUGCAGCAGCUGCUGCCUACAGCACUCCCGUUUACACCCCAACUGUGGCCAAUCCUCCAGUCUAUUUAGCUGCUGCUCCUGGAAUAGAAAUGCCAACAGCAGCUGCUGCAGUCAACCCAACCUACAGUGUAGCGCCUGCAAUUUACGGUGCCGCCACACCAGCCUAUGCUCAUAUAAGCGCCAUGGGAGCGGCAGACCCAACAACAGCCAUCUUUGAGGCAGCAAGGCAGGCACAUUACUUUGCCCAGGGCCAGCAGGUUGUGGCAGAGCAGCAGAACGCGGCAGCAGCCGCAGCAGCGGCCGUGGCAAAAUCCGGGGAAAGGGACCGCAGUCCUCUAAGAAGGUCGACGCCACUGUUACCAGAUCCAGUGAUGAAGCCGUUUAUUUACCAGAGAGCUAAGCCACGGCGACCCCUGCUUCCCACACCAGCAGGGCGAACUGCAGAAGAUGUAGUGGAGGCUGCAGAAGACCCCAUGGCCAGGUACUAUGCUGAGUACUACCAGCAGCUACAGCAGUACCCCCAGUUCCAGUACGCUUACCCAGCGCCGAGUGCAGUGGCAGCCCUUGCCGGCAUACCAGGAGUGCCAGCUGUUUCUGCCGUGCCCGCGAUGUCUGCCCAACCGGUCGCUACGCUGGAUGCUCUCAGGCCAGUGGUCCCCACCGCUGCGGCAGUGGCAGCUGCCAUGGCUGCUCCCAGGGUGUAUGAGCCGCCGUUGCCGCCGCCCACGCGCAAGGAAGCCAUCCUCCGCCGCCCUGAACUCUCCCUUCACACGCCUGAGCCCCCCUUCCGAUAGUCGCACACAACUCUCUGCCCCCCCCCCUUUACCCUGAUCCCUCCCCCAUCCUUGACCCAUCUCCUCUUCCAACCUAAACUUGACCACCUUACAACGGCUAUGUGAGUGGGUGUGUGUAUAUGUG